GCCGCGGCCGGAGGUAGCGGUAGUGGCGGCAGCCGGAGCGCGGCCGUGGGCGAGUGUGGGCCCCGCGUCGAGGGGCGGGGAGGUCCCUCGGGGGCUGUGCGGGUUCGGCGGGGCUCGGUCACCGGCUCCGGGGGGCUGCGGCGGCGACGGCAUGGAGCAGGCAGCGCCCAAGAGCAAACUGAAAAAGCUAAGUGAAGAUAGUUUAACUAAGCAGCCUGAAGAAGUCUUUGAUGUUCUGGAGAAGCUUGGUGAAGGGUCUUAUGGUAGCGUGUUUAAAGCAAUACACAAAGAAUCUGGACAAGUUGUAGCGAUUAAGCAGGUCCCUGUGGAGUCAGAUCUUCAAGAAAUAAUUAAAGAAAUCUCUAUAAUGCAACAAUGUGACAGUCCUUAUGUUGUCAAGUACUAUGGCAGCUACUUUAAGAACACAGAUCUGUGGAUUGUUAUGGAAUAUUGUGGAGCUGGCUCUGUUUCAGACAUAAUUAGACUGCGUAAUAAAACGCUAACAGAAGAUGAAAUUGCAACUAUUUUGAAAUCUACUCUUAAAGGACUUGAAUACUUGCACUUUAUGAGAAAAAUACAUAGAGAUAUAAAAGCUGGAAACAUCCUUCUUAACACUGAGGGACAUGCAAAAUUAGCUGAUUUUGGUGUGGCUGGCCAGUUAACAGAUACAAUGGCAAAACGUAAUACUGUUAUAGGAACUCCCUUUUGGAUGGCUCCUGAAGUCAUACAAGAGAUUGGCUAUAACUGUGUGGCAGACAUCUGGUCCCUUGGUAUAACUUCAAUAGAAAUGGCUGAAGGAAAGCCUCCAUAUGCUGAUAUUCACCCAAUGAGGGCUAUUUUUAUGAUUCCUACAAAUCCCCCUCCAACCUUCCGGAAGCCAGAGCUCUGGUCUGAUGAAUUCACAGAUUUUGUGAAGAAAUGCUUAGUGAAAAAUCCUGAACAAAGAGCUACAGCAACCCAGCUGUUACAGCAUACAUUUAUUAAGAAUGCUAAGCCAGUUUCAAUUUUAAGGGACCUGAUCACUGAAGCAAUGGAGAUAAAGGCAAAGCGACAUGAGGAGCAGCAGAGAGAGCUAGAAGAGGAGGAAGAAAAUUCGGAUGAGGAUGAGUUGGAUUCUCACACCAUGGUGAAGACCAAUUCGGAGAGUGCUGGUACCAUGAGAGCCACCAGUACGAUGAGUGAAGGAGCUCAGACAAUGAUUGAGCACAACAGCACCAUGUUAGAAUCAGACUUGGGGACCAUGGUCAUCAACAGUGAUGAUGAUGAAGAGGAAGAUGGGACCAUGAAACGAAAUGCUACUUCACCGCAAGUUCAAAGACCUUCUUUCAUGGACUACUUUGAUAAACAAGAUUCCAAGAAUAAAAGCCCUGAAAACUGUAAUCAGAACAUGCAUGAACCUUACCACAUAUCCAAAAACGUUUUCCCUGAUAACUGGAAAGUCCCUCAAGAUGGAGACUUUGAUUUCUUAAAAAAUCUGAGUUUAGAAGAAUUACAGAUGAGAUUAAAAGCUUUGGACCCUAUGAUGGAACGAGAAAUUGAGGAGCUUCGUCAGAGGUACACUGCAAAGAGGCAACCUAUCCUAGAUGCAAUGGAUGCAAAGAAACGGAGGCAGCAAAAUUUCUGAGUUUGUUUUCCUUUCAAACAUAAUACUAGGAGUCAGUGUGGACACUAGUAACUUUGUAAGUCAGAAGGAAUUCAAUGAUGAGAGUUUUCAAAAAUCCAAUCUGUUAAAUUUUCCUUCACACAGUGACAAUUUCAACAGUCAAGAAUAUUCAUAUGGUGUUCUGCAAAGGCAGCAAAACACUUUACCACUUGUUUGCAUUUUCAGAUGUUUAAUGUAAUAGAAGUUUAAUCUGUUACUUCCCAAUCUUUUUCAGGUGUGUAGUAGUAACUUGGUGUUGUACAUUGGGAAUUGUGUUUUGAAGCACCUGGAAUGUUUUCUUGAUUGUGCAACACUACCGAGCCUUAUAUUACAAUGUAUUUUUCUCCCACACAGUAGCAUAUUUAUUAUGUAAUCUUUGGUUAUCCUAUUUAUUUUAUGCCUGUUUUCUGUUGGGAAGCAUUAGGAUAAUACUGUGGAGAGCAGAGUCAAAUUACAUAAACUUGCUUUUGUAGUAUAAUGAAAAGCUGCUCACCACUGUAUUAUCUUUUAAAACUCCAAAUUCAACACCUAUUCUGAUUCAGGACAGCACUUGAACAUGUAUCCAGCCCACUCAUAGCAGUAAAACUUAGGAAUAAAGUAAGUAAUAGGCACAUGUUUUUCUGCUCUCCUGAAUCAGGGACUGUUGUACAGAACAGUUGUUACACUACAGAGCAUUCUUUAAGAGAGGAUUUCUGUCAUUUGUAUGCACGCUGAGUCAGCUGUCAUUAAACAAGAAAACAAGUGCCUAAUCAGUUUAUCAGUUUUAAUUUUUGUUAUUCAGGAGAAGCAAUACUUACAGUCACUCCUUAAGUGUAAACUUCCAAUUGCUAUUGCAAUUCUGACCAGUAUAAACCUCUAUUUUGCACGGUAGUUUUAUAAUGAAGUAACAGCUACACUUUCUGGAUGUGUUUUUUGUUUCAUUUGGGGUUUUUUUAAUCACUGUUUUGAGGGGAGAGGGGAAUUAUUAGUGCUUUGGGGUUUGUUUUUUUUUUUUUUUCAUAUUGUAGUCACAAAGGGAUAGUAAUUUAAAAACCAAAGAAAAUAAAAUGAAUACUUAUAUUUAAUAAGUAUAAAAAAGAAGCAACAUUUAAUAGUGUUCUGGGGGGUUUGUCCUGCAAUUGCUAAACAUUCAAAAUUCCUAUAGUCUUCUGUUGGUAGAUUUUGGGGACUCAGAAAUGCAGGACCAAGCUCUUAACAGCCUUUUAUAAGUUCUUGUCUGGUUUAUGUUGUGGAAUAUCUAUUGGUAGAAUUUACAAUGUUGUAAGAAAUAUUUCUGACUUUGCAGAAAAUGUGAUCCACUCUCUGAACAAUCUACUGUGUUCUCUGUUGAAAUCUUUACUAUCGUUGCCUUGUAUGUAAAUAACUUCACUGUGAUAGUCAUACUUCUUUAAACAAUACAGCUGAAAAGAUCUUUGCAUUCAGCCUUCAGCUGUUAAACUUUUAAUGGUGACUACUGUAUGGGCAUCUUCUGUAAACAGUUUUCUGGAAGUUAAUCAUCUCAUACCUCUUAACAUUAAUUGUCAACAUAUGUGGACCAUUUAGAUGGAAUAGUGCCAAUUUUGGAAAUGAUGCAUUAUGUCACAAAGCUUAUGCCAGUGGAAACAAAAAGUUCUUACAGGAUCAGCAUUCUGCAGCCAUGCUGGUACCAGUACUUGGGGUUGAGCCGUAUACAGCCGUCGCUGUCCUUGUCAUUCUCUGUGUGUUUGCAUGCACACCACGCUCUGACAUGUAAACCCUAGAGGCAAAUAAAUCUUAAUUGUGAUUAGUAGAAUGUCCUUAUCCUCAACUCUCUUCAUACUUCUUAGAGCAGUGACCAUUCCUUGUGAAAAUGCAAGAACACAGAAGAUCCAUUAAAAUUACUUUAGGCAAGAUAAAAUGCACCUGGUAGUCCUAUGCCUCACAUUUAUACAAUUAAAUGAUGUGAAAAAAAUGGUAUAAACAUAUCACUGUGUCAUUUGAUUAUAAUCAUAAUGCAGGAAAAAAAUAACAGCACCAACUUCCCCCUAUUACUAUGGUUCUUAUUUAUUUAAAGUAAUUUCUCCUUCUUGAACUUUCUGUUCUCAAAACCUCAAAGGUGUGUGUGCGUACAUUGAUUUGUGUAGAUAUACACACAUAUAUAUUCAUAUCUAUAUAUAUAAAAGAGAAAAAUAUAGAACAGGUUUAAACCAUCAGGAGAGGAACCUAGCUUGCCUUUUCUUGGUGUGCCUUUAAGCAAAGUGUCAUUGUCUAGACACUCUUACCUGAAUCCUCAGCAGCUAGAUUUUCCCUAACUCAAUCUUAAACUUUUCACACCAAAAAUAAGACUUUGAGUAAUGUGGCUUUGCAGUGUAAUAGACAAUAAUAUAAAAGGAUCACAAAUUUCUUAUUUUGUGUAUUCUGAAAACUUCAGUAAUGUGGUACCCUAAAGAUGAACUGUGUAUCCCAAGGAACUCCAAUAAAAGGUUAUUUUAGACUAGAGCUGUUGCAGUCUGACAUCUGAAAGCUAUCAAAAGGUAAAUGACAUCCUUUUUUUCUAUCCUGAUGUGUCUGCAUAGAAACAACUCAGACUUUGUGCACAUGCAUGCACACAGAAGUGGAAUGUACAGGCAUGAGGAAAAUCUGAAUGCCAUGAAUAAAACAAAUAAAAUAAGCUACUUAAAAGGGCGAAAAGUAGCAUCUGAUGCACUGUAAACUGGGUAGGUUAGGUACAAGAUAUUUGUGACCAAAGAAUACUUUCAUAAAUUAAUGUGGAAUUAGUAUGUUGCCAUUCUGGUAUGAUGCAAACUGCAGUCAGUGUAAGAGCUGCCUUGGGCUUCAGCAGCCAGCAUAUGGACCUCUGAAUCCUCUGCAAGCAUUAACAUUGUACUCAGAGAUGGAUGCAACUUAUUUUUUCCUUUCCUCUGUUUAUAUAAAUGAAUCAAAUCAUCCAUGUUGUUGACUACACAUCUCUACUGGAGGAUGAGCAUCUCUGUAAAGGAAAGCCAAUAGAACAAUAAAUAAGAUAUUUUAAAAGCAAGCCUUGCAGGAAAUCUAAUAGAACUACUGACAAGUUAACCUUCAAUAAGAUUUUAACCAAGCAAUUUCUUGUUUGCUUCUGACUUUGUAUGUUUAGGUUUAGUAAGUUAAAACAAUUUUGGAAAAUCAUUGCUUAUUACUAAACAUUUUUAAUAAAAGCUAAUUUUUCCUGUAUAAUUGUUGACUUGUUCAUUCUAACUGAAGCAAAAUUGUCUUAAUAGUAACCAUUAAUGUUCAUUUCCAUAGUCAUCCCUCAUGUUUUGUUUCCUUUCUGUAACACUGUGAGCACAGAAACCCACAUCUCUCAAAGUCAGCUCUGGAAAGGAUGUUUCCAGGUCACAACAGUGCUGCAAGAACUAGAAGUCUGAGGAUCCCAUGAAAAUGGGUCAGGCCAGAAAUCCUCAGUACUCUGUGGAAGUCCUUCUCUCUGCAAUCUUAUGUUGCUGAAGGCCUAAUCCUGAGACAGCUGAGCACCACCCAAAUAUCUUGGCUGUCUUCUUAAACUUGGAGGUGCUACUGGACAUAAGGGGUGUAAGUUGUUCCUUUGUUGUUCUCAUGACACUAGAAAACCAGUAGGCAAUGGAUAGACUUGAGUAGAAAAGUGGCUACAUUUAAUGCUGUGAAUAUAAUUCUAUUGCCCAUUUCUUUUCUGAUUUUUUAAAAAUUAUUCUCUUAAUAACUUGCCCACAAAUACAUUUUAGUAAAAGGAACUCAUGACCGAUGCUCCUUAGUGAACCACGGUACGUUUGAAGUCACAAAAGUUUGCUGCUAAUCUGAAUUAAUCUGACAUUUGUUGGAUAUUGUAAUUAUUUACUACUUACUUACUGCAAAUGCUUGUCUGCAUUGCACAGUUUAUUCUGAUGAGCAUGCACAGUGGCUUUGGACUGCUUCUUCAUUCAGCUUUCAGAUAUAAAUAUGGCUCAUGGUAAGUGAAUCCCUGCCCAAGUACUUGGGAUAGCCUGACUCAGCAUGGAAAGGCACUGGUGCUUCCAAGCAGAAUGUAUACUGUACAACUUCUGUGAAGCACUUGGUGUGCAUGUGGCUCUAUCAGUGUGAUAUGAUGAGGGUUACCUUCUCUUAAGUGUAUACCUGGUUAUAAAACUAAUCAGAAAGACCUCAUGAAGUAAGAAAGUCUUUAUUUCUUCACAUUAUUAAAUACGUGAAAAUUCUUAAAUAGGACUCCAGCUUACAGUGACAUUUCUUUCUGUGUUUCCAAAGGCAGUAGUGGAUGUUCAAUAGUUUAGCCUGAAACAGAUCUAAGAUUAUCAAGUCCAGCUGUUAACCCAGCACUGCAAACUCCACACUAAACCAUGGCCCUAAGUGCCACAUCCACAUGUGUCUUCAAUACCUCUAGGUAUAGUGACACCACCACUUCCCUGGGCAGCCUGUUCAGUGCUUGACAAUCUUUUCAGUGAGGAAUUUUUUCCCAAUACCAAAUUAAAACCCGCUCUGGUGCAACUUGAGGCUGUGUCAUGCUGCUGGCUGGGAAAUUUGCUGUGGGAUAUUUCUAUGCCAGGCUGUGAUGCAGCAGUGUUAUGCCCACUAUUGGCAGUGAAAGCCUUGGAGAAGACACAUCCUGUGUAGUCCAUGUUGUUUCUCAUGAUUGUGUUGUGCAAAUGGAGUAAUAGCUUAAGCUUUUUGGAGAAAGGCAAAUUAUGUUGAUGGCUUAGUGUGAAGUUAUUAAGUUGCAUUUGUGAAAUACUUUUUCACAAAAUGUGUUUCUCUUUGUUCAGUGCAGUCAUUCUGGAAAGGGCCUAUCUUUUACAUGGUAUGUUCUCAUCCAUUUUGAUUUUGUUUAAUUUGUUAGCAUUUUUAAAGCACAAGUGAAAAUUCCCAAUAUUUUCCUCCUUCUCUUCCUCCUGCUCAGGAAAAUGAACGUGGGCAUUACUUUUAAGAGCAUCCCCUGAGCCAAGUGCCCUUUGGACAUGGUGGGCACAUGCAAAUGUCAGCAACAGCUUUUAUUCUCUUCUUCUAUUUAGAGAUCACUGAAGUCUCAGCUGUCCUGUUUUUCCUUCCUUUGAAAGGAUGAGAUGUUUAGAUUCUGAGCAAAUCUUUCAGAAUAAUUGUUAGUCCCAGACCAACAGAUGCUUUAUACUUUUUUCCAUUAUUUGCUACACAGUCCUCAGGAUAGAUUUACACUUCAUUUCACUAGGCCUUCAGAGAGUAGUCUGGGUUGGAGAAGAGUAGUAUUUGUCACAGAAACAGGAAGAAAGAAACAAUUUUUCAAAGUUUUCUUUGGGGAGAGAAGAAAAAGAAUAUGGCAUCUGCACCUGGCCAGGCAGCCUAUGAGGCUAACUGUGGAUGUGAGGAAAAAAUGGGUUGGCUGAAAAAAGCAAAUCAGGUAGUCAUCUGUACAACUUACUGCUCUGUGUUGAUGUUUCACAUCUGAUUUUCUUCCAUUAAUGUUUAUUGUCUUCGAUGUUCAUGCUUUAUUUAUCCUGUUCUACUUUAAAGAUAGAAAUUUUAAUUUUUUAAGAUUUAUAUAAAUGGAAGCAUACCAUAACAAUGCCAAGUAAAUAAAAACGGAAAAAGAACCUAA